AUGAAAACGCAGAACGUCAGGACCGUCCUACUCGUUCUCUCCACGCUCAUCUAUCUGCUGACAGGAGCCGCCGUGUUCGAUGCGCUCGAGUCCGGGAGAGAAGUGACCAAGCUGAGGGCGCUGGAGGAGAAGCUGGCCGAGCUGAGGGAGAAGUACCACUUAGCUGAGGAUGACUUCAGGGAGAUUGAGAGCGUGGUCCUCCAGUCGGAACCUCACCGAGCAGGAACUCAGUGGAAGUUCAACGGAGCCUUCUACUUUGCCAUCACGGUCAUCACCACAAUCGGGUAUGGCCAUGCUGCCCCACGGACUGCCGCCGGAAAGGCCUUCUGCAUGUUUUACGCUAUCUUGGGCAUCCCCCUAACGCUGGUCAUGUUCCAGAGCCUUGGCGAGAGGAUCAACACCUUUGUCUGUUUCCUCCUGCGUGGAGCCAAGCAAAGCCUGGGCUUCCAGAAGACAGACGUGUCCAUCGGCAACAUGGUCAUUGGGGGUCUGCUGUCGUGCAUCAGCGCCUUGUGCAUCGGAGCAGCCGCCUUCGCUCACUUUGAGGACUGGACAUUCCUCGACGCCAUGGAUGCAGGCAGCAGCCGCUUCAACCUCCUCCCCUCUGCUGCCGAGCAGAGAGAGCACUCCAAACAGCCUAAAAUCGAGCGUUUUCGGGUGCUUUUCUGCUGCUUGGACUUCACCAGCAGCCAGACCCACUGUGAGCAGGAGGGCGGCCUCAGCAACCCCGUCUUUUACAACUCCAUCUCCUACAAGAUAGAUCAAGCCUCCUGCAGCUCCAACACCAUGUCACCACAAUCUUCCCCUAGCGGCACGACCCUCUAUUUGGGCAGGAAUCAUCUUCGUAGUAGGAGGAAGUCUUUAUAACAGGGGUCACCAACCUUUUUGAAACCAAGAGCUACUUCUUGGGUACUGAUUAAUGCGAAGGGCUACCAGUUUGAUACACACUUAAAUAAAUUGCCAGAAAUAGCCAAUUUGCUCAAUUUACCUUUAACUCUAUGUUAUUAUUAAUAAUUAAUGAUAUUUACACUUAAUUGAACGGUUUA